GCAGGUUUAAGGCUAGGUACUUGACUAUAUUGAACCAACUUUAUCACUGCAAAAGCCAAAAGUUGGCGGUGUCCGGUGUCUACGUAUUUACGUCGCGUGAAAUUCUGCGUACUAUUCACUUAAGAACAUUAAACACACCGAGAAUAAAAAUGAUGCGACAUAUUUUGCAACCAGUUAUUCGAAAUACGCGAACUGGAGUCCGAUCUUUCCAUGUACCUAAGGAUUGUAGACCAGCAACCAUGGAUGAAGUUAUUGUUCCAAGUGGUUGUUGGAAAGAAGCAAAUGCAAAAAGAAUGCGGAAGGCCAAUUUACAAUUUGCAGCUGGCAUUAUUAUACUUGGUGCUACAAUAGCUUUUGGUAGAGUUACUGGAUUACUUUGGCUUAAUUACAAAGUUCCAGUACCAAAGAAAGCUGAAGAAUAAGAUGAAUAUAUAAUUAUAAUCUCGUAGCAUAUAAUAAAUAUUGUAACUAUUA